GCUGUAAGAUAUUUAGUGAAUACGUACGAGUUACGGUUUACGUAUAUGCAUAUGAAAACCAUAUUACCUAUGCAUAAAUGUGUACGACAUAUGUUAUUACAUAUGUAUGAAUUUACGGGUGUAUAGGUAAACGUAAAAAUAUCAUUAUUGCCUUAUUUGAUUUCGGAGAAAAUAAACACGAAGUGGUUGCAACGCGUGAAUGAGUAACCGAUUGGCCUAGUAGCACUAAAAUUUUUCACCGCGUCUGCUGAAGAAUUUUAAGGAAAAUUAAAAAUAAAAGCAAAACGCUAGUCUAUAAACAGUUGAUUAAGUAAACAUGCAAACGAGAAGGAGUUGUUUAAGCAUUUUUGCUUUUAUUUUGUUUGCGGUUAUAACGUUCGAUUGUAAAUCUGCGACGGCCUGCAGUUGUAUGCCGAGUCAUCCGCAGACGCUUUAUUGUGACGCUGAUUAUGCUGUCGUCGUACGGAUAUUGCGCAAGUCUCAUCGAUCGUUCGACAAUCAUAUACUCUAUAAAAUUCAAUUAAAAAAAUCCUAUAAGACAACACCUGAAGGUGAUAUGAUAUUGAAGCAUCAUCGUUUGCUUACACCCUCGCAGGAUGCAACAUGCGGCGUACAACUAACUAUUGGCAAACUUUACGUUAUUGCUGGUCGAGGACGAAAUCUUAAUUCGUGCAGCUACAUUCAGGAAUACCAAAAGAUGACUGUGAUUGAACGUAUGGGCUUCGCCAAAUUAUAUAGAAAAGGAUGCGGCAAAUGCAAAAUAAAACCCUGCUUCCACAGUUCUUGUUCUCGAAAUGACAUAGAUAAUACUGUAUGUCAAUGGUCGCCUUUUGACGCAUGUCAAGGAAAGUUAAGUGCUUGUUUACAGUAUACCUCACAUAAGAAUCUAGCAGAAAAAGAUCACUACUCUAAAUGCUAUUGGAGAAAAUCGCCGGUUUAUAACAAUUGCAGAGGGGAACCUUAAAUUUAAUAUAUUUUGUAAUGCAUAAGGAAUUUGAUGCCAUAGUUUAAUAAUUUCUUAACAUAAAAAUUUGAUCUUCAUAUUAGAGAAAAGAAAAAGGCAAAAUGGGCUUAACAUAAAAAUAAAAUAAUGUAAAACAUUGAGCACUGAGACAAGGUCGACUAUUAAUUAUGAGAUCUCUUAGAUGAAAGGGUGUCCUAUAGGGAAGGGAAGCCUAAGCCUAGGGAAAUUAUAUUUUAUUGCCAUAUAAAGACUUAUGGUUUUCGGAGAAACUUGAUUGGAAAGACGGACGACAUAUAAUCCAGUUCAAGUCAAACUUUUCAAAUUCAUCUAACAAGUCAAAAUGUUACUUUGCACCGAGUUUUUUUUUUUUUUUUUUGAGAAGUAUUAAGAAUAGCAAAUUUUUUCGAUAUGACAAUGGGUUUCAAAAUAGGAACGCAAACGGGACGUUGUCGUAAGAAGCAUCCCUCACAAUUUAUUUGCAUAAGGUUUUUACAUAGGCUAAAAUAUGAUUUCAUCUAAAUGUCUUUGAAACUUGGAAACCGGCUGUACACGGACAGAGACCAAGAGGAUUGUUGGACGGAACAAGUUUAGAACUAUAGGGUAAAAUAAAUCUUUAAAUUCUUAAGAUUUAAUAAGCCCAUUUUGCCUUCCUUACUCUUUCUGGCGUUUGU